AUGGAUGAUGAGUUCAUAGGCUCCGGGGAAAGCAUGCCGAUAUCCCAGGAAUAUCAACGUGAGCCACGGUAUUUGAACGAUGUAAGGAUUUUUCCCCAUGGAACAAGGAAUUGUUACACUUUGAGACCAGACCAAGGCAAGAAUAGAACCUACUUGAUUAAAGCAUACUUUUGGUACGGGAACUAUGAUGGGAUGAAUCAACCUCCUCAUUUCGACCUAUACAUUGAUGCCAAUUUUUGGACCACAGUGGGCUACGACAUCAUCGUUGAAGGUCUUGAACAGAUCGUGUAUGUGUCCAAGACAGAUGAUAUACAAGUGUGUCUUGUGAACACUAAGAGGGGAGUUCCCUACAUUUCGUUAUUGGAACUAAGCGCUUUGGACGAUGACAUCUAUCCAUUAGAGUCUGGGUUCUUGCUAUGCCGUUGGCGCUUCAAUCUGGGAAUAUCGGGGAUAUAUGAAUUCAGUUACCCUGAAGAUGUUUAUGAUCGGACGUGGAGCCCAAAGCACUUUUCUGACUGGUCGAAACUGAACACCACAGUUGCGAUUGAUUUAUCUAAAAAUAAUAAUGCGUACAAGGUUCCUGGGGAAGUUCUUCGGACCGCUGAAACAACAAUGAGUUCCAGUUCUCCCUUGUAUUUAGAGUGGACAACAAGUGCACUGCCAAACACUACUGCGGGAUCAUUACAAUCGGCACGGCCAAUGAAAUGGAUUGUGAACUUACAUUUCAUGGAGAUUGAGAGACUGAUCGGCCGGCAGAGGGAGUUCACAAUUUCCCUGAAUGAUAAUCAAUUCACAGCGACGGUAAGCCUUGAAUACUUAAAGCCAGUGGUUGUAGUUUCCACUCCAGUUACUGGGUCGCUCAUCACCCUCUUGAUUAAUUCAACGAAUAAUUAUGGAAAUCCACCGAUCCUCAAUGCCAUGGAGUUCUUUAACGUUGUUGAUAGUCCAAACGUACCCACAGCACAAGAUGAUGUGAAAGCUAUCAACAUCAUCAAAGCAAUAUAUCAGAUUAAGAGAGAAAGCUGGCAAGGUGAUCCAUGUGUACCAACUGAGUACACAUGGGAGGGUCUAAAUUGUAGCCAUGGAAAUCCUCCAAGGAUUACAUCCCUGAAUUUGAGCUCUAGCAAUUUGAUGGGCAAUAUAACCUCAGCAUUUUCAAAUAUAUCAGCAAUGGAAAACUUAGAUUUGUCCAACAAUCAGCUUACAGGAGCAAUUCCGGAAAAUCUGGCCGAAUUACUAAAACUUAGGCUUCUAAAUUUAAGUGGAAACAACUUGAUUGAAUCAGUUCCUGAAGCUCUUAACAAAAGGGUUCGGGACAAGACUUUAUACAUGAGUUUGACAGGAAAGGCGGAACUUUGUUCGGCUGAUCCUUGCCCACAUAAGAAGACACAAAACACCAUCCUUGUUCCAGUUGUUACAUCAGUUUUAGGCUUCUUUGUGGUUCUCUUUGGUGCCUUGGCUAUUAUUUGGUUAGUCAAAUGGAAACAAAUAGCAGAAUAUGGUGAGAGCACAUUGAGAUUAAAGAAUCGCCCUUUUAAGUAUGAAGAGGUUUCAAAAAUCACUGGGAACUUUGGGCGAGUGAUCGGUGAAGGUGGAUUUGGCAAGGUAUAUCUUGGCGAACUAGAUAACGGCAAUGUAGUUGCUGUGAAGAUGCUCUCUAAAUUGUCAAAGCAAGGGUAUAAGGAAUUUCAGGCCGAGGCACAACUCUUAGCAAUUGUACACCACAGAAAUUUGGUUUCUCUAUUCGGAUAUUGCAAUGAUUCCAAACACAUGGCAUUAAUAUAUGAAUACAUGGCUAAUGGGAAUUUAAGGCAACAUUUAUCAGAGGACUAUCCGAAGGUCUUGACAUGGAGUAAGAGACUUCAAAUAGCUGUGGAUGCAGCACAAGGUUUGGAUUAUUUGCAUAAUGGUUGCAAGCCACCCAUCAUCCAUAGAGACAUGAAGUCUUCAAACAUCUUGUUGAAUGAAGACUUCGGAGCCAAAAUAGCUGAUUUUGGCCUGUCAAGAGCUUAUGCAGCUGAAAAUGACACCCAUGUAUCAACUCAUCCUGCUGGCACUUUUGGCUACCUUAGCCCCGAGUUUCAAACUUUUGGAAAUUGUGAUAAGAAGAGUGAUGUUUAUAGUUUUGGAAUUGUACUCUUUGAGUUGAUCACUGGCCAACCUGCGAUAAAGAGAAGCUGGGAUGGCAAUGAUGUCAUGCACAUACUUGAAUGGCUAAUUCCUAUCGUUGAAAGUGGUGAUAUACAAAGGAUUAUGGAUCCAAGAUUACGAGGAGAAUUCAACACCAACUCAGCUUGGAAAGUGGUGGAGAUUGCUAUGUCUUGUACACAACGAAAGGCAAUUGAAAGGCCGGAUAUAAAUCAUGUAUUGGCAGAGUUGAAGGAGUCUUUGGUGAGCAACUCAAGCAGUUCUUUUGAAGUGACCUUUUCGGAGAUCAAUUGUGACAGUGUCCCUAUGGCAAGGUAG